UCGGCGGUGGAGCCCCUCGAACCAAGAUAGCUCAUUGUCUAACCGAAGGGCAUGUUUUGCCAAACCAUGAGCUGCGGAAAACAAAACGCAAGCCACAUAGGACAAAACUACCUCCGGAAAUAUAGACAAUAAAGCUAUAACGUAUUUGAACAAUACCCCAUCACCUUGAAAAACACCUUCCCUUUAUUAAUAGUUUUGUGUGUAUUUUAAAUGCACGUAUGAUUACACUUUUCUUUAUCACCAUCAUAACUUUGGUCCCUUACAUUACAACCUCUCUAGUCUCUACCCUGCCACCACCACCACCCAUCUCCUCUGGUUUCGAUCAUCUUUGCCGGCUUUAUAUAUCUUGGGCUUGUAUAGUCUGUGCUGCAGUGUUAGUCUAUGUUCUCUUAAUUCCUUAGCCACACGCACUGAGUGAACACACCCAUGCUCCAUGAGAAGGCUCACCGAUUUUCUCAGCAACUUUCAUUAUCUUCAGCAGCUUCCCAAUGCUGGAGAACCCAAGUUCAGAGAAACCAACUAGCUUCCAAAGUCUCAUCUAUUCUUCUACAGAGACACAACUGGGUUCAACUCCUCCAAAACCUCAAACUCACCCCAUCACUUUUCCUCCAAAUUCUACACAGGACUCAGAACAACCCACAAAUAUCGUUGGAUUUCUUUGAUUGGGCCAAAUCUCAUCUUGGGUUCGAACCAGACCUCAAAUCCCAAUGUCAUAUCAUCCAAAUCUCACUUGGGUCUGGCUUUUCUCAAUCUGUGAAGCCCCUUUUGGAUUCUCUGGUUCAUAGCUACCCUGCACCAGUUCUUGUAGAGCACUUGACUCUGUCAUGUAAAGGUAGAAAUUCUCUGUUCCAAUCUUUGAGCUUUGUACUUGAAACUUAUGGACGGAAGGGUUUGUUUAGAGAAGGUUUAGAAGUUUAUGACAAAAUGAGAGUUCAUGGUUAUACCCCUUCAAUUAGUGUCUGCAAUGCUCUUCUUGAUGCUAUUCAACGAGGGAAUGAGAUUAGACUGGCUUGGUCAUUUUAUGGUGCCAUUCUUCGAAAUGGGGUCUCUCCAAAUCUAUUUACAUGGUCCCUAGUAGCCCGAAUUUUUGGUAAAAAUGGGGAGCAUGAAAGAAUCUCUAGAAUUAUAGAAUUGGGUGUUUAUAGUUCUGAAAUAUAUAACACUCUUGUUGAUUGUCUUAGCAAAAGUGGGAACUUUGAAGCUUCAUUUGAUUGCUUAAGUGAGAUGCAUGACAGGAAAAUCAACCCUGGUUUUAGUACUUUGAGCUUGAUUCUAGAUGGGGCUUGUAAACAUGAAAAUUCUCAAGCGAUUGCUAGAAUAAUAAGUAUUAUGGUUGAAAAAGAACUCAUUUCUAUGAGUCCUUUAUGUGAAUAUGAUAAGUUGAUACAAAAGCUUUGUGGCUUGAACCGAACAUAUGCUGCUGAGAUGAUUUUUAGGAAAGCUUUUAAUGAAAAUAUUGGAUUGCAGGAAGCUACUUACGGCUACAUGCUAAGGGUAUUGUCUAAAGAAGAGAGAACAGAUAUAGCAAUUUGGGUAUACAAACUGAUUUCUGAAAAGGGUGUUGUAUUGAAUGAGGCUACCUAUAAUGCAUUUGGUGGUGUUCUUCUCAGGAAAGAGCAAUCUGAGGAGGUAUGUGAGUUGUUAAUGAAACUUAUAAGAAGAGGAUUUAGUCCUUGCUCUUCAGAUUUGUCUGGAUUCUUGGCGAUUUUAUGUAGAAAAGGCAGAUGGAGAGAAGCAGAGGAGAUGUUGAAUGUGAUAUUGGACAAAGAACUUUUACCAGAUUCAUUAUCUUGUUGCUCAUUGGUGGAGCAUUACUGUUUUAGCAAACAGAUAGAGUCAGCUAUCAAAUUGCAUGAUAAGAUGGAAAAAUUGAACCUUAGUUUGGAUGUAACCACAUACAAUGUACUUCUUAAUGGUUUGGUUGUGUUAAGGAGAAUGGAAGAAGCAGUUAGAGUGUUUGAUUACAUGAGAAGACACCAAAAGCUAAGUAGUGCCAGUUUUACAGUCAUGAUUCAGGGACUUUCUCGUUUAAAUGAACUUAAGAAAGCCAUGAAACUUCAUGAUGAGAUGUUGAAGAUGGGACUUAAGCCAGAUGAAGCAACAUAUAAGAGUUUGAUUUUGGUGUUUAAGUAAAAUACAUUUUUGUAAUAGAUUGGGGUGCGAUUUUUGUAUUCAGUCUUUGUCACAUGUAGUGAUUUUUGUCAAUGGAAAUGUAGUGGAAACAAAAGGAAAGGCGCUCCAUGAAAUUAGCACU